CGCCUUCUUCGCAUGUGCGCACGACUUGUCCGAAACCUAGGAGUGAGUGGAGUGACCUGGCCGUUCCGAUCUCGGUCCAGGAGCGCCACAUGGCUCCGGCGGCCGCCGCCGCCGUCGUCGCGCUGGGCGACGACCUCCUCCGCGAGGUCUUCGUUCGCCUCCCCACCCCCGCCGAUCUCCUCCGCGCCGCCGCAGCCUGCAAGCCCUUCCUCCGCGCCGCCCGCAGCGCGCCAUUCCUCCGCCGCUUCCGCCGCCGCCACCCUUCCUCCUGCCCGCGCCUCCUCGGCUGCCUGCUCCUAUUCCCCAACCGCCGCCGCGGCAAGUUCCAAUUCCUCCCCCUCUCUCCCCCAUCCUCCUCCUCGUCCGCGGCUGCGGCCGCCAACGGCGACUUCGCCCUCUCCUUCCUCCCCGGCGGCGGCUGGCUGGGCCUCGGCGCCGCCGCGUGGGAGCACCUGGACUGCCGCAACGGCCGCCUCCUCCUCAAGAACAUGGGGUCCCAGGAGCUCGCCGUCGCGGACCCGGUCUCCCGCCGCUGCGUCUCCCUCCCGGCGCCCCCUGCCGGGCGCGCCGUCAGGUACGGCCUCUUCGCCGACUAUGGUGACUCCUCGGAGUUCCGGGUGGUCUGCGUCUCGCGCGACGCUGCAUCGGGGGAGCUGCGCGCGCUGUUCCUAUCCUCCGGCGAGCUCUCCUGGGCCGACGUCGCCGGCGUCGCGUGCCAGACCGACCUAGCCGCCGGCUCCCGGGCGAUGCAGGCGAACCGGUCGCUGUACUGGAGGCUCCACGGUGGGGAGCGCAUGGUGGCGUUCAGCACGGUGUCCAUGGAGUUCUCCGUCCUCGAUCUCCCGCCUGCUUUGCGGGAGCUUAGCUUUGACACCGUCGACAGGGGUGAAGAGGAGGAUGCCAAUGUGCUCCACCUGCUCACCAUGAGUGGCUUCCGCAUUGAGGUGUGGACUGGCACCGCAGAUGGUGAUGGUGGGAUGGCAUGGAGGCGGGUGGAGAAGUCGGUGAGGUUCCACAAGGUGCUGACAGAGAUGAUCAAUCCUUCAGUGGAUUCGUACCAGCAUGAGCUGGAUGUCAUCGGAGUGGCUACUGGCAUUGUGUUCUUGCGGCAGUGGAAUCAUCUAUUCUCCAUUGAUCUUGAAACUAUGAAGUUCAAGAUGUUGCCCAGUAAGGAUUGUGAGGCGGCACUGAUCUAUCCUUACACAAUUGCAUGGCCGGCUUCUUUCUUGAAUCCUGCAGGACAAGGCGCAUGAUGAAAUGGGGAACUGGUCAGUGGAAUGUCAGAAUGUGGCAGCAAGCUCCAGUGCGUGAUGAAGAGUUUGGCAGAGGCGGCGGAGGAAAAGGAAGAAACUUGAUUAUCCGAAUGAAGUGUCGGGGAUUAUCACAGCUCAACUGCUCUAGAUGUGCCUACAAGUUUCAGCUUUGUGUGUAUCCUAUAUUUGUUUUCUACGAUGGUAAAUGUUCUCUCAAAUUGUGUCGGCGGGUGCACUAGUACUCAGUAUUAUGCCAUCAGGCAAUGUUGUACUUAGUUUUUUUAACUAAAGCUUGGCUGAAGCUUUUAUGCUGCUAAUAUAAUUGUAUUGCGCCGAUUUAUGUAUCACUUCAUACUGCUCAUAUGAUCAAUGACCUAUCAGUUGGUAACUUGGUAUUA